AUUGCAGUGCUUUUCCGACUGAACUGCAUGGAAAAUACGGAAUAGUUCGAUUACACUCGGCCUUGCCUUGACUCCCGGAAAGCCGCACCAUGUCCCGGAUUGAGAAGCUCUCCAUCUUGGGCGUGCGCUCCUUCGGGCCGCAACACCCAGAGACCAUUGCCUUCAACAGCCCACUCACUCUGAUUGUCGGCUACAAUGGGUCGGGAAAGACGACCAUUAUCGAGUGCCUCAAGUAUGCCACUACCGGAGAGCUGCCGCCCAACAGCAAGGGCGGCGCCUUCAUCCACGAUCCCAACCUGGCCGGCGAGAAGGAUGUGCGCGCCCAAGUCAGAGUUUCGUUCCGGUCAACCGUCGGCGAGUCGUACGUUAUCACGAGGAACGUGCAGCUCACCGUCAAGAAAAACACGAGAUCGCAGAAGACGCUAGAGGGCAGCUUACUGCUGCGCAAUAAUGGCGAGCGGCAUCUCAUCUCCACGCGCGUGAUGGAGCUCGACAAGCUUGUUCCCGAAAAGCUCGGCGUCUCCCCGGCUGUCCUGGAUGCCGUCAUCUUCUGCCACCAGGACGAGUCUCUGUGGCCUAUGAGCGAGCCGGCCGCCCUCAAGAAGCGGUUUGAUGAGAUCUUCGAGGCGAUGCAGUACACCAAGCUCAUCGACAACAUGAAGGUGCUCCGCAAGAAGAAAGGAGAGGAGCUGAGCCGCCUGAAGCUCCAGGAAACCCAUGACAAGCAGAAUAAGGAGAAGGCCGACGAGGUGGAUAGGCUGAUGAGCCGCCUCACGAGAGAGAUCCAGGAAGCGCGGGACAGGUGCAACGAGCUCCUCCAGAAGAUGGACGAGGAGAGCGCCCGGAUCAAGGACAAGUACGAACAGGCCAACAGCUUCCUGGCUGUCAUGAACAAUCUCCAGACGAAGAAAGAGAAGCUCGAGUACAAGAAUGAAGCCAUUGAAGUGCUUCGCGGCCGCAUCGAAGAGCUCCCCCAGACGGAUCAAGUGCUGGAGACCAUUCUAAACGAGUACGAGGAGACAUAUCAGCACACUGUUUCCGCCCGAGACAGCAAAGCCGCGCAGUUCCAUCAGCUCCAGGCAGAACUCAAGCUGGCUCGGGAGCAGCAUACUGCCAAGGCUGCCGAGCAGGGCAAGCAUCAGUCGGACAAGGACAAGUACGAGCGACAACUGGAGACACGGGACCGCAUGAUCCACGAUGCUGCAACGCGGCACGAAAUCCGCGGCUACGACGGAGACCUGGAUGAUCGGCGGAUUGCUGCGUUCAACGAGCGCAUCCAGAAGAUCCUGAGCGACAAGAAGCGCGAGCUGGAACGCUUGCAGCGCGACAAUGCCGAUGAGUUCGAUAAGAAGACUGCUAUUAUUACAGAUCGAGAGAGCCGUAAGGCAUCGCUCAUCCGGGACCGCUCAUCCGCGAAGCAGCGCAUCGUAACGGUGGGGAAGGAGUCGGCAACCCUUCAGGCUGAGCUGAGCAGCCUGGACAUUGACGAGGGGACAGAGGCGGUGCUCCGGACCGAGAUGAAGGAGCUCGAGGCCAGGAUCGAGAUGACCAAGACUGAGGAACAGAGGGCAGACCUCGAUGCCCAGAUCAAAAAGGCCAACGACGACAUCUAUCGCCUUGAAGCGCAGUCUUCUAAGCUCGCCCGGGAGCUUGUCGAGUGCACUCGCCUGGCGUCCGAGAGGGCCCAGCUCGACCUGCGAAAGAAGCAGUUGACGGAGCGGCGACGAGAACUUGACAUCCUCAAGAGCACAUGGGAGGCGCAACUUUCGGCGCUGCUCGGCAGUGACUGGCAGCCGGAUACAAUCGAGACCGAGUUUCAAAACGCUCUCAAGCGCCAGAACACCGAGGUCGCCGAAUGCAGGAAGCAGAAGGACGCCACGCAGCAGGAGCUCAAGCAAGUCGAGUACAAGCUUUCCAAUGCGCGGGAGCGGCACAACAGGCUGUCUACGGAGAAGGAGGACUGCAAACGCGCCGUUACCAAGGCGCUCAAGGACGUGAGGAACCCAGAUUCCCCGCCAAUCGAGGACUACACAAAAGAAGUUGAGAGCAUCGAGGCGGAGCUGGGCCAGACGGAGACGGACUUGAAGCUGUAUGACGAAAUGAAGAAGCACUACGUGAGCAUCAGGGACCGAGCCGUGCGGUUCAACAAAUGCUACUACUGCGAGCGCGACUUCAAGGAUCAACCGGCCGCGAAGUCGAAGCUCUUGGACAAGAUCGCAAAGAAGCUGAACGACGAGGACAAGCAGGAGUUGAUGGACGACCAGGUCCAUUUCACUGACCAGCUCAAGACCCUCAGGGCCGUGCGGUCUCAGUAUGACACGUUCCUGCGACUCGAGGCCGAGCUCCCGUCGUUGAACAAGGAGAUCAGUUUGGCUUCAUCUCAGCGGGAGGGAUUGAUUCGCCGCCUCGAAGAUCAAGACCUUGCCUUCAGAGAGGCAGAAGAUAAGCGGCAAGAGAUUGACGCGCUCAGCAAGCACGUCCUGAAGAUCUCUCAGACACACAAGGACAUCAUGGAUGCUGAGAGGCAGGUGGAGAGGUCGCAGCAGUCGUCCAGCAUAACGAUGCGAAGCCCCGACGAGAUCAACGAAGAGCAAACCGCUUGUGCGGAGCAGACCAGGCUAGCCCAGGCCAAGGUCAGCAAGCUCACCACUGAGAGGCAGCGGCUGAAGGACUUGGCUGCGCAGCUCGAGGUCGAGAGGCUGGAGCUGAAGCACAAGAUCAGCACCGCUGUCCAGAGGCUCGAGCGGAAGAAGAGCCUCCAGGAGUCCAUUCGCCGAUGCAAGGAGGAGCAGAGCCAACUUCGGGACGCGGUUCAGGAGGCGGACAAGGAAAUAGAGCGUCUCGAACCCGAGAUCGCAAGCGCCCGGGCUGCUCUUGAGGAAGCCCGUCAGCAAGGCCGAGCCAAGGAGCAGAAGGUCGCUGAGGAGCGAGACGGGCUCGCAACGACAGUCAGCGAGCUGAAGAUGAUCAACAGCGAGAUUCAGGAUUACCUCGACCGGGGCGGGCCUUCCAACCUGGCAUCCAAUCAGCGUGCCAUUGCCAGCUUGGAAACCACCAUCGAGAACCUGGAAAGCGAGGCGCGGGACUUGACGGUCCAGAUAAACAAGCUCACCAAGGACAUUGACAAUAGCAACGCCAAGAAGCGCAACAUCGCUGACAACCUGACCUACCGCAAGAACCUCCGUGAGCGCGAAGUGCUCCAGGCGGAGAUUGAAGAGCUCCAGUCCCGGAACGCCCAUGAAGACUACGACCGGCUGACCCAAGAAGCCCGCUACCUCGAGUCCUCCCGCGCCAAGCUCGCCGCCGAACGCGAGCGCCUCAUGGGCUCCAUGGCCUCGAAGGACGCCGAAUUCGCCCGCCUCAACGACCAGUACGAGAUCGAGCUCAAGGGUGCCCUAGAUAAGUACCUAGAGACGCACGUACUGGUCGAGACGACGAGAGCGGCGAUCGAAGACCUCGGCGUCGGGGUGACGGCGCUCGACAAGGCCAUCAUGCAUUUCCACUCCAUGAAGAUGGAGGAGAUUAACAACACCAUCGGCGAGCUGUGGCAGAGCACCUACCAGGGCACCGACAUCGACACGAUCCAGAUCCGGUCGGACGUGGAGGCCGGGGCCGGGUCCGGGCCGGGCAGGCGCAACUACAACUACCGCGUCUCGAUGAUCAAGGGCGACACCGAGAUGGACAUGCGCGGGCGGUGCAGCGCCGGCCAGAAGGUGCUGGCCAGCAUCAUCAUCCGGCUCGCCCUGGCCGAGUCCUUCGGCAUCAACUGCGGCCUGAUCGCCCUCGACGAGCCCACCACCAACCUCGACAGCGACAACAUCCGCAGCCUGGCCGAGAGCCUGCACGCCAUCAUCAAGGCCCGCCGCUCGCAGAGCAACCUGCAGCUGAUCGUCAUCACGCACGACGAGGAGUUCCUCAAGCACAUGCAGUGCAGCGACUUCUGCGACGACUUCUACCGCGUCAAGAGGGACGAGAAGCAGAACAGCGUCAUCGUGCGGGAGAGCAUCACGAGGAUCAUGGGGUAGUGGAUUACGAGGCUGGGUGUGGCGGAUGGGAAGGGUU